AUGGAGUGGACGGAAGUACGAAGAAGAAAGACACCGGCGAGAUCAGUGCACGUCCAGGAAACAACUUACUUUGUCACCAAUGUUCCAGAGCAAGCAAGGAAAGGAGAAAUCAGAGAGGCAUUUGGAAGAUUUGGGAAGAUUACAGAUGUCUACAUGGGAGACAAGAAGGGGAAGAAUGGGAAGUAUUUUGUAUUUGUACGGUUCGGUGAAGUCAAAGAUGUCAUGGAGUUAGAAGCUAAGAUUAAUGGAAUGAUAUACAGAGGGAAUAGGCUGGAAGUUAACCUGGCGAAACACAGAAAGAAAGAAACCCCAAAACCACCCAUAGCUAUUGUAAACCGGAGGUCAGUACAAGGAAAUAAUGCUGGGACAUGGAAUACAUUCCGGGAUCACCGGACCUUUGCAGAUAUCACCAGAGACCCACAUAUGCCGGCGAAAAACUCAGGCCAAUUUGUCCCGCAGGCACCUCCGGGACCAAGACCCAUCCAAUUACAACGUGACGACCAGACUUAUCACUGGCUGCACAAAACAUCACUCAUUGGGGAGACAUUGACCUUAGAUCAUCUGGGGCAUCUACCGAAACUCCUACGAGAUAACGGUGAAACAGAGUUGGAGAUAAAAUAUAUCGGAGGGCUAAGGGUACUCCUUCUUUUUGGCAACUCAGUAGAUGCUAAAGAAUUCCUGAAUACUGAGAAUAGGUGGAAAGAAUAUCUGAAAUGGGUGAAUUGGAGUGACAAGACUGAUAUGCAAGUUAAGCGAGUGGCCUGGAUCAGAAUAUUGGGACUUCCACUUUACCUAUGGGGGGAUCGUAACUUUACAGCUAUCACUGAACAUUUAGGGAAGACAAUAGCACCAUAUGAAGAUUUACCAAACAGGGUGGACUUGUCGUGCCCGAAGAUUGGAAUUCUCACCUCAAGGAAGACUAGAAUAAACGACGAACUACAUGUUGGCAUGGACGGGAAGGUUUUUAAGAUUGGUAUUACCGAAUUUGAUGAAGAAUGGUUUCCUUUUCGAUUUGACACGUCGGAAGAUUACUAUGAGAUACCGGAUGGGGAUGACGAGGAAGACGGCGAGUAUGGGGAUGAAGAAGAGGAUGGGGUAUCGGAUACGUAUAUGGGAAAUUCCGAUGGUGAGAAGGAAGAAGGUGAGAUAUCACCGGAAUUACAAACGGAAAGAGAUGUGGAUAAACCGGAUGGUGGAAAAGGGACAAACGCAGUGAUCGGAGAUGAAUCUCCGGCCAAGCACCCGGUAGACUGGAGAGAGGUAAUCGGAACGUCAGAAGAAGAGCAAAGGGCACAUGGGGAACAAACGAUGGUGCGGGAUUCUAUGAUGACUGAACACGAAGCGUCGCCUAUAAUCUUGAAGGAAUUAAACGUUAACGGUAAUAUUCCCGGCAGGUCCCACAACACAAAUGGCAGGCGACCUGACCCAUGCAUGAACUUAAGCCCAAACUUAAAUGGGCCCUUGUAUGGGCUACCUCCAAUUAGCUGUUUUGGGCCGUUUUCUUCUCCUAUCGCAACAAACAAAGUUAGGGGCCAGUCAUCUGAAGUUUGUAGCUCAUUGGGGAAAAGACGAAGACUAGAGCGUGACGAAAACAGAAGAUCUCCCCCACUAAUAAACUCAAUGGCAGCUCUCUCUGACCUUGAUGAACCCCCGACGCACAUGGCUUCCCAAUCGACGGUGCCCAUAAGAAUUGAUCACGCCCCAAUCGACAUUAACAGAGCCCCAUCUGAAGACCAGGUAUUUGCGAAUGAAAACGAGCCAGAAGGUAGCUCCUCCUCCUCAAUAGAAGUUCGUAAGACGGUAGAAAUUGGGAAUGCACUGGGGUUCGAAAUUAGCUCCAACGAUCCGAUUUUAAAAGGAGUGAUGGGCGAAACUGGUGACGAUAUAGCACCACAAUGA